GUGUUCCAGUUUAUCAACGAAUGGAAACCACAUGUGGAUGCCAUUACGCCUAACCUUCGCACAAGGUCAAUCCCAUCAUACACACCCCCACUGAGUUACCGGCAGCCAGCUUACGCUUACGCCCACAAGUUCCACUCACCGGAGCGCGCCUGGAGGACGCAUACUCAGUCAUAGCGGCAGUUCAUGUUCCACAAUCUACAGCAACAAUGGCGAGCAUUUUAGUAUUGCGCUCUGUGCGUGUAUACCCCCUGCUGCAUUCAUCGGCGCCGACAGCAAAGCACAUACAGCAAAAAAAUAACUUGUUCGGUUUCUCAUCGCAUUGUCCGACGCUCGCGUUCAGUAGCAAAUCAGCCAGCCAAGCCGGAAGCUCGAUAGAGUCGCUCUCGUCUGGAUUUAAGUUUCUGAAAUUUAAAAGUUCUUGUUCAAAAGAAAGCAACAUGACCAUCAAGUCGAUUAAAGCACGUCAAAUCUACGACUCGCGUGGCAACCCCACCGUCGAGGUCGAUCUGACCACUGACUUGGGCCUGUUCCGGGCUGCCGUACCCUCCGGUGCCUCGACAGGCGUGCAUGAAGCUCUGGAGCUGCGCGAUAACGACAAGGCCAACUACCACGGCAAGUCCGUGCUGAAGGCCGUUGGCCAUGUGAACAACACGCUCGGCCCCGAAGUGAUCAAGGCUAAUCUGGAUGUGACAGACCAGGCGGCCAUCGAUAAUUUCAUGAUCAAGCUGGAUGGAACCGAGAACAAGAGCAAGUUCGGCGCCAAUGCCAUUCUGGGCGUAUCUUUGGCCGUGGCCAAGGCUGGUGCUGCCAAGAAAAAUGUGCCGCUGUACAAGCACAUUGCAGAUCUGGCUGGCAACAAGGAGAUCAUUCUGCCUGUGCCCGCCUUCAACGUGAUCAACGGCGGUAGCCAUGCUGGUAACAAGCUGGCCAUGCAGGAGUUCAUGAUCCUGCCAACCGGUGCCACCAGCUUCACCGAGGCCAUGAAGAUGGGCUCCGAGGUGUACCAUCACCUGAAGAACGUCAUCAAGGCUAAGUUCGGCUUGGAUGCUACCGCAGUAGGUGAUGAGGGUGGCUUCGCCCCCAAUAUUCAGUCCAACAAGGAGGCUCUCUGCCUCAUCAACGAUGCUAUCGCAAAGGCUGGAUACACUGGCAAGAUCGAGAUCGGCAUGGAUGUUGCCGCCUCCGAGUUCUUCAGGGAUGGUCUGUAUGAUUUGGAUUUCAAGAACCCACAAAGUGAUAAGGCGCAAUGGCUAACACCAGAGAAACUGGCUAACUUGUACCAGGAGUUCAUCAAGGACUUCCCCAUCGUGUCCAUCGAGGAUCCCUUCGAUCAGGAUCACUGGGAUGCCUGGACCAAUCUGACAUCCAACACCAAGAUACAGAUUGUCGGUGACGAUUUGACAGUCACAAACCCAAAACGCAUUGCCACCGCCGUUGAGAAGGGCGCCUGCAACUGUCUGCUGCUGAAGGUCAACCAGAUUGGAACAGUGACAGAGUCUAUUCAGGCUCAUCUGCUGGCCAAGAAGAAUGGCUGGGGAACUAUGGUCUCUCAUCGUUCCGGUGAAACCGAGGACUCCUUUAUUGGUGACCUUGUUGUUGGUCUUUCCACAGGCCAGAUCAAAACUGGCGCUCCCUGCCGCUCCGAGCGUCUGGCCAAAUACAACCAAAUACUGCGUAUUGAGGAAGAGAUCGGCCAGGGCGUUAAAUUCGCCGGAAAGAGCUUCAGAAAACCACAAUAAAUAUCGUCACUUAUUAAUUCCAACAACACCAAGCACCCAAUCGAAUGAAAACCACGGCGGCAAGCUAAGUGAGAGGUGUCAAUUUGGUGUACGUGUUCGUCAACCUUUACAUUUGUGUCUGGCGCACAAAGUUACCAAUUUAAAAAACCCAAAUAUUGCUUCGUUUUUAGACACUAUUAUUACUGUUACCAUCUAUCUCUACUCAUUAUUUAUAUACGUAUAUAUGGGCUACAAGUAGAUUUCUAAUCAGUCGUGACGGCUCUUUAGCCAAUAUCAUUGUGAAAAUUUUACAUAGAUUGACCUCUUCUCCCCACCAUUGUAACGUUGGUUGAGGAAUAAAAUGAAAUCAUCAACUCAAUAAAAAAGCGAAUAAAGAUCACAUGUUCUAGAAGCCGA